AUGCCCGACUAUGCUAAGUUUGUGAUGGAUAUGGUGAUAACAAAGAGAUCGGUGAGUUUUGAGGAUGAUGACAGAAUGCAACAUUAUAGAGCUAUUUCUACGAGGUCUCUUAUGCAGAAAAAGGAAGAUCCUGGCGCUUUCACCAUUCCAUGUACAGUAGGAUUGCUACACUUUACUAAACCACUAUGUGAUCUUAGUGCAAGCAUAAACCUCAUGCCUCUUUCCAUUUAUAAGAAGUUAGGCUUAGGUGACCCAAAACCUACUAAGAUGCGGUUAAUGAUGACUGAUCGAAUAGUGAAGAGACGUAUUGGGCUUAGAGAGGAAGCUGAGCUGAAAAAUCCACACGAUUUUUACGCUCAAGAACAUACGCCCCAGAAUAUAGCUGAAAAAUCCACACAAUUUCUUUUCUCAAGAACAUCAAAUCGACUGAAUGAGCUAAAAAUCGAAGAGAGGAAGCUGAAAAUCGGAGGAGCUGAAGAGAGGAAGCUGAAGAUUGAAGCAGAGUUGAAAAUCGGAGGAGCUAAACUGAUUCUACUCUCCAAAAUCGGAUGA